AUGAAACUGUGGUUUAGUGUUUGUUUUCUAAUUGCUACCUGUUUGUGCUUCAUUCAAGUCCAUGGUCAAGUUGGGGCAUUUUUUGACUUACGGUAUUGGAGAUGCGUUCUCAAAAAGGAAUUUAUUUGUCCUGAUAAUGAUAUCAAAUACUAUUUAUACACACCCCACACGGGUCGUACGAGACUGAGAAUAGAUGUAAGAAAUCCUUAUUCGUUAAAGUUUUCUAAUUUUAAUUCAAAAAAGAAAAAUGUGUUUAUUGUGCAUGGUUUUAAUGGUACGGAAAGCAAAACUCCCAUGACGAUUUUAAGGGAUGCCUAUUUAUACCGUGGAGACUACAACAUUUUCAGCGUAGAUUGGAGCGAUCUCACAAAUUUUCCCUGCUACCUUUCAUCCCUCUCCAAUACUCGACUAGUAGCUCAAUGUACUGCAAAAUUAUACGCUUUUGUAAUGGCGAAUGGAGGUGAAGCGGAAGAGACCACGUGUGUGGGGCAUUCUUUGGGAGCUCAUAUUUGUGGUAUGAUCAGUAAUCAUUUGACAUUGAAGCAACACAAGAUAGUGGGUUUGGAUCCAGCAAGGCCGCUCAUCGACCGUUAUGCCAACAAAUACUUCAGAUUAACAAAAGACGAUGCAUACCACGUCCAAAUUAUCCAUACAAACUCUGGAUUUUUAGGAGAAGUCAAUCAAGUGGGGCACGUGGACUUUUGCGUUAAUGGAGGGAUGAAACAACCUGGUUGCAAGGGAAAUCCGCUCCGUGUUUCACGUUGUAGUCAUUUUCAAUCAGCUUGUUAUUUUGCAAAGUCUGUGAAAUAUCCAAAAUCAAUUAUUGGAAGGCCUUGUACGCAAACUUGUCCCAAAAAGAAUAAUCAAUGGGGAGCUUUUGGCACAUAUUGCGUGAGCACGGAUACAAAAAAAGAUUGUCCCUUUGAAUAA